GAGAGGAUAACAGCGGCUGAGGAUCGCAUCUGCAGCCCUAUGGAAAAUAUCCUGGCACAGAUGGAGCAGGAACGCUCAAAAUGAGGCUCACGCAAACUUUUCCUCUCUCUUUUUUUUGUGAAUUUCAACUUUGCUGCCCAAAGUGAUAUGUGAGCAGGAGAGUCCAGCCAUGAAGCUGAAUGAGACUGAGGCUCAGACACUGGCUCCAGAGCCAUGUGAGCAGCAGAUAUUGCAGGAGGACAACCCUGGCAACUCCAGCAGAGAUUCCAACAUGUCACUGCACUGCUGGCUGGAGCUCCUCACCAGGGAAUCUAUCAUGGAUUUUCCAGGAGACAACUCCAGCCUGGUGCUGCGUAUCAUGAUAGCGUGUGUCUACUCUAUAGUCUGUGCACUCGGGCUGGUGGGAAACUCGCUUGCUCUGUAUCUGCUGCACUCGCGCUACAGGCAGAAGCAGUCGUCCAUCAACUGCUUCGUGAUGGGUCUGGCCAUCACAGACCUCCAGUUUGUCCUCACUUUACCUUUCUGGGCAGUGGACACAGCCCUGGACUUCCGUUGGCCAUUUGGCCGUGUGAUGUGCAAAAUCAUCAGCUCUGUCACCACCAUGAACAUGUACGCCAGCGUGUUCUUCCUCACAGCUAUGAGCGUGGCACGAUAUUACUCUAUCUCCACUGCAAUGAAGAUGCACAGCAGGCGUGCAGCAGCUGCCAGAGCCAAGUGUACAAGCCUUGGCAUCUGGGCUGUCUCUCUGCUGGCCACUUUGCCCCACGCCAUCUACUCCACCAGCGCCCAGGUAUCAGAUGAGGAGCUAUGCCUGGUGCGCUUUCCAGACUCUGGCAGUUGGGAUCCGCAGCUUCUCUUGGGUCUAUACCAGCUGCAAAAGCUUCUGCUGGGCUUCCUCAUUCCUCUCAUCAUAAUUACAGUCUGCUAUCUCCUGCUACUGCGCUUGAUCCUCACCCGAAGAAUAGCCGGUGCAUCGAGCACAGAAAGUGAGCAAGGUCGGCAAAACCGGCGCUCCAAAGUAACCAAAUCCAUCAUCAUCGUGGUUCUCUCCUUCUUUCUGUGCUGGCUGCCCAACCAGGCGCUGACUCUGUGGGGGGUGCUCAUAAAGUUUGACCUUGUGCCCUUCAGCAAGGCUUUCUACAAUGUGCAGGCUUAUGCUUUCCCCCUGACUGUGUGCUUGGCUCACACCAACAGCUGCCUCAACCCCGUGCUCUACUGCCUGGUCCGCACGGAGUUUCGGGCCGCUCUCAAGGAACUUCUCCUCCACGCCACUCCAUCCUUCAGGAGCCUGACUCAUCUGCUGCGUCGCAAAGCCAAAGUGGCUGAGGCGCCGCCAGUGCUGGUGCUGGUCCAAAUGGAUGUCUGACAGGACGACUAGCUCACUGUGACGGAGCAGCAGAUGGAGUGAGGGACAAAGUGAAUAAGUGAAAGCUGCCCAUAUAAAACUUUUGAUCUGGAUCUAUUUACCAUGACGCUGCGUUUAUCUCAGCCCUGUCAGCCCCCCAUACAUCUGUGUGACUUUGAAAACAACACCAUCAUAAUGGACCACCCAUCGCUAUGCGCCCCAAUUUCAACGCACGCUCCAACAUUCACUGAGCGACUCUCUGGCUGUUUGUCUCGCUCUCUCUCUUCCUCUGACUGGCAGCCCUUGUACUGCUCCCUGGUAAACUCUCAUGAAUAUGUAUAGAUGUCGAUCACAAAUGAGAUUAAAAUAGUCGCAGCUCUCAGACAUCUCUGAGAUGAAUCAGCUCAAUCUGUUAGUAAACUACUAAUAAGGUAAUAGUUUGUUCUUUGGUGCAGUUGUGUACAAUGUUCGUUAAAAAGCAAACUAGAAAAAGUAGGCUAACUGUGUAUAUUUGCUAAAUCCAAAUGACAAUGAGAAGAAAUUAAAUAAAAAGCUUAUUGGUCCACAGUUGUUUGAAACUGAGACAAUACAGCGUAAGAGUGACGGCCACUUUACUGACAAUGGCUCUGGUUCCGGAAGUAAAUUUACCAUUUAUUUUCUAAAUUGAGAUCUUCUCCAGUCAUUAUAAUUGUCUGUUAUGUGUUAUACUGUUAAAGAGUUUUAAGCAAAAAAGAAACAGGACUGUGUAGAUAAUUGUUUAAGAGUGAAGGAACUACACAUCCCAUAACUCAUUCGGAAUGAUCGCUUUCCAAUGACUUAAUCUUGUUGUAGGGAUUUUCACCCCUUUGGACUUUUUCCCCCACUCUGAAAAACUGCAGCAUGUUAGAAAGGGAAAUCAUGGUAGCUCUGUGGUCAACAUAAUGAAACGCUAAACCAUCCAAUUGUAUUCGACAGGAUUUUCGCUGUUAUAUUUUCCAUGGUAACAGCAACCACACUCAUCACAGCUGUCAAUUGACAUUGUUUCACACUCUCGUAGCUUGUGGUAAGUCUACAUUGGAUGGUCACAAGGUUAUGGCUGAUUGUCAAAAUCUCUUUACAGAAAAUGAAAUUUUACCUGCAGAACCACGCUGUUGAGCUUAACAACAUCUGUGAAAUUUAACCAAUCAGCAAGUUCAUGUUUUAAUCCACUGAUCUGGCCAAUCACAACCAUUUAUCUAAAAUGGAGUUGAUUUGGGCGUCCAAUGGGAGUGCAGCAGCAGCAUAUUUAUUUUGGCUGAUGCUGCUGCUGCUGGUGUGGACAGACCUGUUGAAUCUGCCAUAGAGACUGUAUAAGAUGAGCUGAAUGAUAUAUUUUUUAUCCAAAAGAAGAACAAACAAACUGCACUUGCACUAGUUUUUAAUGCUGCUCUGCUUUACAUUACACCUUUCAUUGCUCUGAUCGGAUGAAGGCAUGUUGGUGACACCUCGUGGAAAAUAAAAUUAAACUGAAAUGUAUUAGAGUCAUUUGCAAUUUGAGUUGUUUAGUCUUGGUACAAAGUUUCAUGGCUCAAAUUGUGACAAAAUAAAACUAAGCAAAAUCAGUAGAAGUUAGAAGAUCUGAUAUAUCCUAUCCUUUUUCUAGACUAGUGCAGUGCACGUCAAACUGGCACAUGACAUCAUCCAAAGGCUGUUUCUCAUAGAUACCGAAGUAAAAGCAGAGGCAGGUUACAUUGGUUAGAAAGGUUACAAAGACUCUUCUGGACCAAUAGUGACGCACUGAUAUACAACAAAGGGUUCAGUAUAAUGAUUAUAUAGACGGUGAAUUGAAUGUGUCCUUGUGGAAACCUGCGAGAUCAAGAGAUGAGGUGGUUCAGUUUUGUAUUCUAUGCACAAAAAUAGGAAAAUGUCUUCUCUCUCACACACACACACACACACACACACACACACACACACACACACACACACACACACACACACACACACACACACACUUGGGUGCAUGUUCCUCAUUCAUGUAGAUUCGUGAGAAUGAAAAACAUAAUGAAUGAUUUAAAAUUUGCAUUAAAUUUACAUUGAAUGUGUGUCUUUGCAGCAUAUCAAAAUCAGGCCUGACAUAAAUCCAUAAAAAUAAAGCUUUUCUCAACAGCUCAGUCCACUGACUCCCCCCAUCAGUCGUUCCUUCUCCGUUAAUUCACAUUGUUUUGUAUUUUGCAGGAGCACAUAACCAAGUAAAACUGAUGUGACAAUGUGAUCUGCUGUGAUUAUGUCAUCUCUCUGUGUUCUGUAAUGACUGUGACUCUAAUCCUGAUCGGACAACUGCUGAUUUGAUGUUUCAAUGGUAAAAAAUGUAUUGACAGACACUAUGUAAAUGAAAUGUAGUAAAGAUUUCAUUAAAAAAAACUUGAGCAUGAA